AUGGCAUUCACAAAAAUCGCCUCACUUUCUUCUAUCUUUGUAUUAUGUUUUGUAACCAUUUUUCUCCAAACAACAACAACGGAAGCAGCAUCAUGCCAUGAAACUGAUAAAGCAGCACUUCUUGAUUUCAAGAAUAAGAUCACUCAAGAUCCAUCACGUCUUUUACAAACAUGGAGCAGCAUACCUUCGUCAUUAAUCAGUGGUACUGGCCUUCAAAGGUUAUCCCUUGACAACAACAUGCUAACAGGAGAAUUACCGGACAGUAUGGGCAAUCUUACAAAUCUUGGAGAGUUAUACUUGGAAAACAACCGUUUUACGGGUAAGAUUCCUUCAAGUUUUGGCAACCUUGUGGGUCUUGUGUCCCUUGAUCUCUCUAGAAAUGGUUUAUCUGGUCCAAUUCCUUCUCAACUAGUUAAGAUGCGAUCACUCCAAAUCCUCAGUCUGUCAUUCAACCCACCGAGUUUAGUGAAGAUACCAACUUGGUUCUCCAAAAUGACCCAACUUUUUCAACUAUAUUUAGCUGGAACUGGCUUAACCGGGGAACUCCCAGAAUGGUUAACUACAAUGGGCCUGACGUAUCUUGAUUUAUCGAGUAACGCCUUAGCUGGAGAGUUGCCGAGAUGGAUAGGAAACAUGCCAAGCUUAUACUCCCUCAAUUUAUCUAACAAUAGUUUUCAUUCAGCUAUACCUAUUGAGUUCAAGAACCUUUUAGGUGUACUGGAGCUUUAUCUUUACUCGAACAACUUCACCAGUGGAUUAAAAUCGAUUUUUGAGAAAGGUGGCCGUCAAUAUUAUAUUCUUGAUCUUUCGAAUAAUAUGUUUUCUGGUCCUAUUGAUGAAGAUAUUGGAAACCUGGAUGUCAUGCAGUCAAUUGAAACAUUAGUAUUAUCUAAUAAUCCUUUAGGAGGAUCCAUACCAAAAUCCUUCGGGAAAUUGAGUUGUCUGGAGACUUUAAAGCUUGAAAACAACGGGUUAACGGGGGCAAUACCAGCUGACCUAAGCAAUGCUACAUUGUUAACAUCUAUCAUGCUACCAAAUAACAACCUUAUCGGCGGUAUACCUUCAGGGGUGAUAAACUUUACUUUGCUUAAAGAAUUUGAUGUGUCACAUAACAUGUUGACAGGGGAAAUUCCUCCUCACAAUGCAACAAUUCCUGCAACUUCUUUUGUGGGUAACUCUGGCCUGUGUGGCUCCCCACUUUCUUCUUGUAAUGCUGCAUAAUUCAGUUAUACUUUUUUGAACUAUGUGUUAA